CGUCGUGUGCAAAUAGAAGCCGAAGUCGAAAGUUUCUAGAUCGUUGAUUCAACGGCUUUUUUUAUUAGUUUUAUUGAAAUUAAACAAUAUAAGUGUAAGUUAUUAAUAUCUCAAACGGUCCUUUCCACCUGCAUGUCAGGUCUGCAGGUUUUGUGGAUGAAAAACGAAAAACAAAUACAUGCAGAGCAUCUUAAUUGCCAUAAAAUAAGAUGAAAUAGUAAAUGUUUCAAAAGACUUAGUGUUUACAAUUGGUGUACUACCUUUUUUUUUACUUGUCGAAGAAUCUUACUUCAACUAAUAAGCUAGGAAAUGAAUAGAUUGCAAAAAGCCUUCAAUUAUUCAUGAAAAUUUAUUUGUUUUAUCAUAAGAAGAACAAUCGAUUGUAUAUAGCAGGUAAAUUACUACUGAGAGAUCUAUCAUAACGAUUUCUACAUAGUUUCUUCAUUGAGUGAACGAAUUUCUCAGAAUGGCAAGUCUCUCUUUUUUCUCUACCCUAUCUGGGAUUGCAGAAAAUGCCAAACAAAUUGCUAAAAAUUCCAAUAUAAAUUUUGAAGAUCAUGAACUUUCUCACGUGGAUUUGGUACGAUUACUGGAAUCAAACUCAGAGACAGGAAAAUCCGAAGCUUUGCACUUUAUUAUUGUCCAAAUGAUGCAUGGAGAAGAUGUUUCGGUGUAUUUUCCUGAUGUUGUCAAGUUAGUCGUUUCUGAGAACCCAGAGAUACGAAGACUUGUGCAUAUAUACCUUACACACUAUGCAGAAUUUAAUCCUGAUCUGGCUUUGCUUUGUGUAAAUACAAUCCAAAAAACACUUUAUGAUAAGAAUCCUCUGGUACGUGCCACAGCUAUCCGCGUUAUGAGUAGCAUCCGAGUGCCUGCCAUUAAUGGAAUCGUUCUUUUAGGAAUCCAGCAAUGUAUGAAUGACUCUUCUCCUUUAGUUCGUCAAGGAGCCGCGCUUGCCAUUUUAAAAUGUUACUCUCUUGAUCCUUCCUAUUAUGACCAACUAGUUGAAUGUAUUCGUCUCUUGUUAUUAGACAGCCAUCCUCUCGUUGUUCCAGUUGCGUUAGCGGCGUUUGAAGAGGUAUGCCCUGACAACUUCGCGAUAUUUCAUCCUGCGUUUCGGAGAAUCUGCAUUCUCUUUAGUCAGUUUAGUGACUGGGAUAAAACUGUGACAUUAAAAACCAUGAUUCGUUAUGCUAGGCUAAAUUUACCGAAACCUGAAUCAUCAAGUACAAUUCACAAGGACUUAAAACUUUUAUUGGAAUCUGUUGAUUAUUGCUUUUAUUCGUUGUUACCUAGCACAGUUUUGGCUGGUUGUCGUGCAUAUUAUUAUUUGGCUCCAACGAACGAACUGCAUACAAUUGUCAAACCUUUGCUCCAGCUUCUCUCUGAAAAAUUAACCAUUCGAUUCACUACGCUAUUGUACAUUAGACAUAUUACUUUUUCAAAGCCGGAACUUUUUAAGGGUUAUCUCAAUUCUUUCUUUUUAUUUGGAUCUGAUGAUGAGAAAACUUCUGUUUUGAAACUACAAGUCAUUUCACAUUUAUUGGAUCCAGAGAAUGCGAAUCGUGUCCUUCCUGAACUUUUUCACUACGUAUUUAAACAUCCCAUUUCAAAGGUAGCAUCUACUGCUGUUCGAACUAUAGGUCACUUCGCAAAAAAUGCUCGUUCUAUGACUCCAUUGUGUUUAAAUUCUCUAUUGCGAAUGCUGAAAUCCGAAAACGAUCUGAUUGUUACUGAAGCGGCCUCUUCGCUACGAAUCCUAAUUCACAACGAUCCUCAGGAAACGUAUCUACAGUACUUGGCCUCGAUUUAUGAAAAAUUUCACGUGCCUUUAGCAAAGGCUGUAACCUUAUGGCUAAUUUCCGAACAUCUACAGGAAACGAUUCAUGUCGCUCCCGAUUUACUUCGUAUUGCUGUUAAAACAUUUGCGAAUGAAAACUUGGAAGUAAAAUAUCAGAUUCUGGAUUUAGCAGUCAAGCUUUACGUUGCAACCUUGUCGUCAGAGCAAGAAAAUGAAGAUUCAAAUCCUGCCUUUUUGCUAUACAAAUACGUUUUGUCUAUCAUUCAUUUUGACAUGAGCUAUGAUCUCCGAGAUCGUGCUCGAUACUACAAGUCUCUUACAAGUGCACCUUUAACAGACUUUACUCGUAGAAUUCUUUUGUCAAGCAAGCAAUUGGUUGACUCGACUAAAGAAACUAGUCAAAGCUAUUGUUUGGGAACCACUAGUCUUUGUUUAGAAGAUUAUGUACAGGGUUACGUGCCGAUUCCAGAAUGGGCUGAUGUAUCUAUUCUACCACAGGAUGAUGUCCGUGACACUGAGAUGAACAUUAACACAAUAAGUAGCGCUGGGCCAUUUUCAUUUCAAAAUACAGACAAUGUUAAAUCUCUUUCUUCUGAGACAUUUACAGAAGCAAACCCUUAUUUGACGUCUGCUGUCAAACCAAGAUUCGUUGGUCAGCAAUCCUUAGAAGAAUUCUACAAAAGCGAUGAAAGUAGUGAUUCUGAAGAGUAUGAGGAAGAGGAAUCAACUUCGGAGGAAGUCACAGAAGAAUCUGAAGAGGAAGAGAACGGCGACGAUAAUGAUGGUAGUGAUGAUGAUUAUGAAAAUGAAAGUGAAGAGUCACCAAAGAAAGAAGAAACAGAAACAGAUAAAACUGAGGAGUAUUCUACUACAGGGAAUGCAAACACAGAAAGCAGUAUUCUUUCUACUGAGAGCAUUGUAGAUAAAUCGGUCAUUUCUGCUGAGCAGAAUCUUUGGCGUUCUGAAUAAUCUUAUGUAUACCCAAAAUAUAUAAAGCGGAAGUUUUAUUUGAAAAAUUAUUAAUAGGCAUAGACGUUAAUGAGCUAGAUGGAAAAGAGAUGGGAAGCAUCAUGUUUCUAAACCGUCGGAAAAGAUAGGAUAAACUACCAAGAAGCUUUUCUGCAAGAUGUUAAAAAAUAAUAAUAAGCGGUUGCAAAAUUCAAACAAGAGACAUACCGUACACCAGGUAAUUCAUUUGCUCUAGCUUUU